UCCGCCCGCCUGCCGCGUUGAACGCAGAUUGUCCGACGCGUUUUGCGUGAAAAGAAAAACAGUUUGGACGCGAAGACCUACUCCAAGCCUGGGAUAUUUUGCUUAAAAUUAUUAAUUUUUGCCUUUUAAAAGCAAAGCGGAGGCAACUUUUUCUCAAGAGUGACUGCCCAAGAACCCCAAGGCGUCUUGACUGGACUUCCCAAACACAAUAAACUGCCCGAAUUUGCCAAUGACAUAACCAAGGAUUUGCAGACUCUUCCUGGGGUCGAGUCGGCCAGCCCCAACGCUGCUGGAUUUUUGUGGUAACGUUGUGAAGUUGAAAGGAAGCAGAUUUGCCAGUCACCAUGCCGGCCCUCUCCACCAGAACCGGCAGUGAGAUAGGUCUGUAUGAGCUAUUGUCUGUACUGCCAUCUCAGCUGCAGCCUCAUGUUGAGAGUGCAGAUGACCGCUCUUUUCUACACGCUAUGUUUGGGGAGAGGAGUCUAUAUUCACUGGUCAAGAUCCAUGAGAAGUUACAGAGUUAUGAAGACUGUGCUCCGACUCCAGUACUGGACAGCGCCGGCUCCCUAGCUCAGGACUUGACAGAGGAACUUCAAGGAAGAAGUGCAAGUAAUGAGAUCAGAGAGCUUGUCAAUCUACUAUCCAAACCACAUAUAAAGACUUAUAUAGACAUUGAUGAAAGCAGCAAUUACGGCAAGCCGCGUGUUGCGGAAAGAAAGAGCUUCUCUGGUCUGAGCGAGAAAGAGGAGAUGAGUGGCUCUCGAUUUUGUGCAGAUGCAUUCAGGAAUGAAACAAGUAACUUGCUGUGUCCCAUUUCACCUACUUAUACUGCUCCUUUCCCGGUAGAUGACAAAAAGCCUGAGGAAAUAAUUAGCAUCCUGUCCCAGUCGCAAGGUGCCAUCACAUUCAAAGUGGUCCCAGGCAUCAAAGAGGAGGCGCAAAGCAAAGAGCCCAAGAUGUUUGUAAAGGCGCUUUUUGACUACAAUCCAGCUGAGGAUAAGGCGAUCCCUUGCAAGGAGGCAGGCUUGGCAUUCAGGAAGGGAGAUAUCCUGCAGGUUAUGAGCCAGGACGAUGCCACCUGGUGGCAAGCCAAACUGGAGGGUGAUGGCAACCAGCGCGCAGGACUCAUCCCAUCCAAACACUUUCAGGAGAGGAGGUUGGCAUCCUGGAGACCCAUGACCGUCACGACUCUUCAGAGAACCCCCAGCAAAAGAUUUUAUGAUGACAUGGUUGAAUGGGUGGAGGACAUUGAAGAGGACACUGAGUUUGCCUCCUAUUUAAGUGGACUCCAUAUUGCGGGUCUUCGGAGGAGUUUUCGUCUCAGCAGAAGGGAUAAGAAAACCAAUAAGUCCAUGUAUGAAUGUAAGAGAAGUGAGCAGUACGACACAGCUGAUGUGCCCACUUAUGAAGAGGUGACCGCCUACCGCAGAAAACACGGAGACAGGCACAGACUUGUCGUAUUGGUUGGUCCUACUGGUAUUGGUUUGAAUGAGCUCAAAAGGAAGUUGUUGAUAUCCGAUCCACAACAUUUUAGUGUCACCAUCCCACACACAUCUCGAUCGAAGAGACAUCAAGAAAGCGAUGGAGUGGAGUAUCAUUUUAUCUCCAAACACCUUUUUGAGGCAGACAUUCAGAACAACAAGUUCAUUGAACACGGUGAGUAUAAGGGAAACUACUAUGGGACGAGCUUGGACUCUGUACGUUCAGUCCUGUCCAAGAACAAGGUGUGCCUUCUAGACGUACAGCCACAUACGCUAAAGCAUCUACGCACAGCUGAGUUCAAGCCCUAUGUGGUGUUUGUGAAGCCUCCAUCCAUCGAGCGUUUGAGAGAGACCAGGAAGAGCGCAAAAGUCAUCUCAGGCAAAGAUGAUAAGAACUCGUCCAACCCCUUCUCGACGCUAAAGCAUCUACGCACAGCUGAGUUCAAGCCCUAUGUGGUGUUUGUGAAGCCUCCAUCCAUCGAGCGUUUGAGAGAGACCAGGAAGAGCGCAAAAGUCAUCUCAGGCAAAGAUGAUAAGAACUCGUCCAACCCCUUCUCGGUAAUACACGCCCCACACAGCUUUGACUUCAGUCUGUCCAUCUAUCAUCCUCUCUCAUCCUAA